GUAAUUGUAACAUUGUGAUUUCACACUAAUAACAUCUUACAUUUCAUUUGUAUAAUGUCUAACGUGCGUCCAUGGUUCCGUCUCGCUAGCAUCGCUAGACCUACAUCACAAGGCUCAAGCGACCCACCUCCUCCUCCACCUCAACCUCGACAAACCCCUAGCCGUCAGGUUGUAGUCAGACAACAGCCGAAACAACCGUCACCUACACAGCAGCAACAACCUCCUUCGCCUCCACGUCAGCAACGACCUCCUUCGCCUCUACGCCAGCAACGACCUCCUUCGCCUCCACGCCAGCAACGACCUCCUUCGCCUCCACGUCAGCUUCCUUCCCCACCACGUCAGCAAACUCCUCCACCUCCUCAAGAGCGGUCUCCAUAUCAUUCACCGCCGAGCCGCUACAUGUCACCACCGACCCCACCAAAAGCUAAGUCUCCGUCGCCCCCACCGCCACCACCUCGGUCGUCAUACACGCCGCCACCAUCUCCCAAGGAGGUUCAAGAAGCUUUCCCACCGCGAAAACCAACUUCACCGCCGAGUCCAGCCCAUUCAACUAGGUCAACAAAAUCUGAACCAGAGAGUUUUCGAAAAGCACCAUCACCGAGAACACUCUCUCCUUACUCUCUCCCACCUCCUCAGUUACAUUUCGAACGUGAAACCACUCAGAAAAACAUUCUCACGGCCGAGAAAACAAGCCAACUCCAAGAACCAAAUCAUCAUAACCAGAGCCAUAACCAUAAUAAUCAAGGCAACAACACCAAGAGGACUCAUCGUCAACAACCUUUUUCUGGUUCCGAAAACAUAAUGGGCACACGAGCCAUCACCAUUGCAGGUGAAAACAAAGGUGCUGUAAUGGAGAUUCUACGCUCACCAUCAGGCAACAGAACCGGAGGAGCAGGACCACAUCCCUCUGUGGGGUUUAGCGGCACUGGAGAGAAAGGACGGCGACUUCAAAGCAGUAGUAGCAGCAGCAGCAGCAGUGAUGAAGGAGAAGGGAAGAAGAAAACCACCAAGAACCCUAAUAAUAAUGCCAAUAAUAGUCAUCAUCUUCCGAUGAAAGCAUUUAUGAACAGUAACGUUCAGAUGAUAAACAACUCUCUUGUUUACAACUCGAUGGCGACUCAUCAUGAUCCUGGUGUUCAUCUUAAAAUCUCUCGGAAACCUGGCUCUGGCAAUGGUUUCCACGUCAAGGAUUACGGUAAUAAUGACGGCGGAUACACCAACUGAAAAAGUAACAUUUAUUCCGAAAAGGAAAAGAAAACCAAAAACAAAGUUAAGGGUUUUGGGUUCUAUUUACAAUAAAUUCAAUUUGUUAAGAAAAAAUAAAAAAGAGGAAAAAAAGGAAUAAGAACAAAAAAACGAGUGGGGUUAGUGGUUUAUGAUUAUUCUCUAAUCUUUUUAUGACCUUCUCACUCACAUGGAGUCUUGAUCCGUUUAUUGCAACGGAAUUUUUAUAUAAUUUGUAACGUCCUUUUGUCAAACAAUAAUCAUGAAAUCGUUUCAUCA